AAAUGUCAUGUUUAUGACUUGUAAAACAGUCAUUAUUUCACAGAUCGCCAUAAAAAUACUUAAUAGUCUAUGAUCUUGUGUUCCGUAUAGCCUUCUAUAUUUUUUUUGCUGUUUGAUUUUCUCAUUAUCAAAUUUGUUACGUUAAUUUAAAAUUUACAUAAAAUGUCAGCAAAUGAUGAAAACGCCUCUAAGGCCUUUCCAUUGGCUACGGAAGAAAUGAACGGCAUUCUCCUGGAUCUUAUACAACAGGCGGGAAAUUACAAGCAAUUGAAGAAGGGAGCUAAUGAAGCUACUAAGGCACUGAAUCGUGGUUUGGCUGAAGUUGUUGUUUUGGCCGCUGACGCGGAACCGUUGGAAAUUAUAUUACAUCUGCCACUCGUUUGUGAAGACAAGAACGUACCAUACAUUUUUGUACGAAGCAAGGUGGCGUUGGGAAGGGCUUGCGGUGUCUCUCGCCCGGUUAUAUCCUGCGCAAUAACUAGCCGCGAAGGGUCACCCUUGAACCAACAAAUAGUUGAAGCUAAAGAUCAUAUUGAGCGCCUUCUAAUAUAGUUCAGUACGAGAUCGAGGGUAUUCCUAUGGAUAUUGCUAGCAAGGGCAGUACGGACAUCGCGUUAUAUCGCAUAGUAAUCUGUUUGACACUAAUAAUUAACUACUAUUUUUCUU